GUAAAGUGGAAGUGAAGAAAGAAGGGUUUUGGCGGAAGGAAGAACCCUGAGAGUGUCCCUCACUUGCGCUGUCACUUCACUUCGACCUGCAUCCUGCAACUGCAAAAAAAAAAAAAAAAAGGAAAAAGUUUUCUUCUUCUUCUUUGUGUGCUCUAGCUGCCUCUUCUUCUACCAAAACCAGCAACGCAGUUCCUCCUACUUUCAAAUCAUGCAGGCCCCGGUUCUAGUUCUUAAGGACAAUUUGAAGCGUGAGUCUGGUAGCAAGGUGCAGCAUGCUAAUAUCAAUGCAUCAAAGGCCGUUGCUGAUAUAAUUCGUACAACCUUGGGACCUAGAUCGAUGUUAAAAAUGCUGCUUGAUGCUGGGGGUGGAAUUGUGGUGACAAAUGAUGGAAAUGCUAUCUUGCGUGAAUUAGAUGUUGCUCACCCAGCUGCAAAGUCUAUGAUUGAAUUGAGUCGUACCCAAGAUGAAGAAGUGGGAGAUGGAACAACAUCUGUCAUCAUUCUUGCUGGUGAGAUGCUUCAUGUUGCUGAAGCUUUCAUUGAGAAGAAUUAUCACCCCACAGUCAUUUGCCGAGCUUACAACAAAGCUCUGGAGGAUGCCAUUGCUGUUCUUGACAAAAUUGCAAUGCCUAUUGAUACUAAAGAUAGAUCCACAAUGCUGGGGCUAGUUAAAAGCUGCAUAGGUACCAAAUUCACUAGUCAAUUUGGGGAUUUAAUUGCUGAUUUAGCUAUUGAUGCUACUACCACAGUGGGUGUUGAUCUUGGCAAAGGCUUGAGAGAUGUAGAUAUAAAAAAUUAUAUUAAGGUUGAGAAGGUCCCUGGUGGGCAGCUGGAGGAUUCCAAAGUUCUUAAAGGAGUUAUGAUAAACAAAGAUGUGGUUGCCCCUGGCAAAAUGAGGAGAAAAAUUGUUAACCCACGCAUCAUCCUUCUUGACAGUCCCCUUGAGUAUAAAAAGGGUGAAAACCAAACAAAUGCUGAACUUCUCCGAGAAGAAGACUGGAGUCUCUUGUUGAAGAUGGAAGAAGAAUACAUUCAGGAGCUUUGCAUGCAAAUAUUGAAGUUUAAACCUGAUUUAGUGAUUACAGAGAAGGGCCUUAGUGAUUUGGCAUGCCAUUAUCUUAGCAAGCAUGGAGUGAGUGCUAUCAGAAGGCUGAGGAAAACUGAUAAUAAUAGAAUUGCAAAAGCAUGUGGUGCUGUUAUUGUGAACAGACCAGAUGAAUUACAGGAAUCUGAUGUUGGUACUGGCGCGGGGUUAUUUGAAGUAAAGAAAAUCGGAGAUGAGUUUUUUGCAUUUAUUGUUGAAUGCAAAGACCCUAAAGCUUGUACUGUACUAUUGAGGGGAGCUAGUAAGGAUCUCUUGAAUGAAGUUGAAAGAAACUUACAGGAUGCUAUGUCUGUUGCAAGGAAUAUAAUAAAAAACCCAAAUCUUGUUCCUGGAGGUGGUGCUACCGAGUUGACUGUAUCAGCGACUUUGAAGCAGAAGAGUUCAUCAGUUCAAGGAAUAGAGAAGUGGCCCUAUGAAGCAGCUGCCAUUGCUUUUGAGGCUAUACCUCGUACUUUGGCACAAAAUUGUGGAAUUAACGUCAUCAGGACUAUGACUGCACUACAAGGAAAACAUGCGAAUGGAGAGAAUGCGUGGGUUGGCAUAGAUGGAAAUACUGGUGCCAUCACUGACAUGAAAGAAGCUAAGAUCUGGGAUGCAUACAACGUGAAGGCACAAACAUUUAAGACUGCAAUCGAAGCUGCUUGCAUGCUUCUCCGGAUUGACGAUGUAGUGAGUGGAAUCAAGAAGAGGCAGGCUCCUGGAGCAGGCCAGGGUCCUUCGAAGCCUAAGGUUGAGACUGAGGCAGAUGCCGAUGGCGAGCAAAUUCUACCUGACUGAGAACAUGACUAAGCUGACGGUGCUUUUUUGACAUAUAGAGUUGAACCUUUGUUAGGUCUUGCUGAGCUUUUCACUCUAGUCUCUUUGUUAAGUUUUGAGUUCUUGAUUUGGAGCUUGCUUUGUACCUUUAAUGUUUUGCUAGGGUAAAUUCAGACCGUUUCUCGUCAUCCAUACAAUAUUUGGUUCUACAAUGAUUGUUCAUUGUUGAGAUUUUUUGCAAAUGCCACUGGAAAAUUUUCGCUUUCACUGCUUAGAAAAGGCAUUUCUUUUUGUAUGCAAAUACAGUGUUUAUUAAGAGUCGUAUUUAGUUUUUUUUAGUUUCA